UUGGGGACAGCGGAGAGGACGGCGUUGUGCGAAAUUGGCGUCUAUCAUGGACGGUCGUUUUUAGCUCUGACGGCGCUACGCAGGCGCGAGGAAGAAAGGUGCAUAGCGAUUGAUUGCUUCGAGGAGCAAGACUUUAACGUCGAUGAAAGCGGACGAGGGAACUUGCGUAAAUUUACAAAGAAUUGCCGAAAGUUUUGCGCCGACGUCGACGGUUGGACGCCGACGGACGAAAACGGCGUGCCGAGUUUCAUCAAGGUGAUCCAGGGAAAUUCGACAGAUUUAAAACCGAGCGAUGUUGUUGGCGAUGGUGCCGACGCGAUCGAUGUGCGCAUGUUUAGCGUCGAUGGUUCUCACACGGCUGAGUGCACGCUCGCUGAUUUACGCCUUGCCGAGUCGUGCUCACACGCUCACGGCGUCAUUAUCUUGGACGACUGUUUCAAUCCCGAUUGGCCCGGAUGCAUCAGUGGGCUUGGACAGUACCUCGCACAAGGUGGCACGCGCGUACCGUUCUGCAUCGGGCACAACAAAGUCUUCUUGAGCGCAGUCGAGGACGCGCCGGCGUUUCGGCGCGCGUUCGCCACAUCCGCGAGAAAGAAUGCGCAUCUCUUCGGGCACGAAUGCGUCGUGCUCAAGCAUGGUUGGAUCGCAACAUUUCACGCCAACGACGAUGUCGCGGUUCGAGCGGUUUAG